AUGACAAACAAGCCACAAUACGACACCAUCCAACGCCCUUACGAUUACGUCCGGGGCGCAUCCAUCGCCUUCAUCGAGCGCGAAAACGUACAAGAAAAAGUCAAACCAUUCAUCAAAAACGCACGCAUUCUCGAGCUCGCCUGCGGAACAGGUUUCUACACCUACAGUUUCCUCGACUGGGGAGCCAGCUCUGUACUCGGUGUGGAUGUCUCCUCCGCCAUGCUGAACGAAGCACGUCGUCAGGGGAAACAAGUCUCUUUCAUACAAGCCGACUGUUCCAUUCCCCAGAUCUACGACGGUGGAAACUUUGAUAUCGUCUUCGCUGCUUGGCUUCUUAAUUAUGCUCCUGGUCGUGCUGGGCUCGUCGAUAUGUUCCGCAAUGUGACGAUGAAUCUUAGAGAUGGAGGAAGAUUUGUUGCUAUCACCUGUCCGCCUUCGUCGAACCCGAUUGAGUCUUUGAAUGCGGAGGUUAGUGCCCGUCCGAUGCCUGCUGGCUCGGGGUACUUGAUCUAUAAACAUAUCGAGGAUGUCGAGGAUGGGAUUUAUUUCCAGGUACAUGGUGAGACGCCUUUGGGAGAAUUGGACUUCUAUAAUUACCACCUGAAGAGGGAGAUUUAUGAGCAGGCUGCGAGGGAAGCGGGAUUGCAGAUACGGGAAUGGGAUUUUACGAAGGUCCCUGAGAAGUAUUUGAAAGGGGAAGGUCCUGGUGGUGCGAGUUUGAUGGAGUUGGAAAUUUAUCAGACGAUUCCUAAUUAUGGAGUACUAGUCAUUUCCAAAUAG